GGAGUAUAUAUGUAGGGGAAACGCGAAGCAGAUAUAAAUAAGCUCAGGGUCGAGGAGAGUUGCCAAAUUUCCACGUUCACAAGUACAUACAUUUCCUUUCCUACGAUAUUCCGCUCUUUUUUCACGUCUGUGUCGCUCAUUCGAAGCCUGCUCCUCCCGUAUAGUGCAUACGGAGCAGAAUAAAACGAUAUACGGCCGAAGAUCACAUUAAUCCUCCUAAUUAAUAAUCCUUGCUCAAAAUUCUCCGUUCGUUAACUGCUCGAGGAUAAUAAAUAAUAUCAUCGAAAGUCCUAUCACUUUCCUAUACACACAAUGCUAUUUACGCGCUCCGUCUCAUUAACAAACUUCAUAGUCGCUUCUUCGGCACUGUGUUUCCAAGUAUUUGUCCUAUAUCCUUGGCACAAGCAGCUAGACGACAGCUUCGAGGCCCUGAAGAAAGAGCAUAUGCAAGUCCUCCAGCGCGAAAUGGUUCAGAUCGAAGAGUUGAGAAGCGUACGAGAACAACUCAGGGAGGUGAUGGCAAGGCAAAGGAAAUGGUUUUGAAUAAUAUAUGACCCGGGCUAGACCUCCCGUUUUUUUUUUUUUUCCAGUCAACUAUAGAAUUGUACGCACGUGCUCCCUACAUGUGAGCAGACACGAAUCAUGAUAAUGCAUGUCCUGAUUUUAUUCACUGGGAACUCUUACAUUCAUUAUCAAUGCACGUUUCCUUACCUUUCUUCCACACAAUUCCAAAUUCACGCCAGGGCUUCCUCAAGGGCGAUAUCAGAAUUGCGUGUGACAUGGCAUUGGAAAAAUGGACUUGAUUUUAAAUAGGUAUAUGAGGAUCACCCUAAUAUUCUCUGUCAAACAACGGAGAGAUUGGGCGUUUUCCCGCCCGUUUGUUGGUGAUAUCGGCAGCUAGGCCAAACAUGUGAAGAUAACAAGAUCUACUGAAUGUGACUGGAGUUGAAAUAUU